CAAGUGGGCGCAGGAUAAGCACGUGGGAGUCGCCUUUCUCAUCGCAUGCUGGCUUUGGCCAAGGAAAAUGGAAAAUAUGCCUCAACCCUUGAGCCAUAUUUCUUAGUUUCAGCUUACAAAGAAGAAAGAAAAAUAGCACUACCAUAGAUUCCUACAUUUGUUAAGCUCCUGUUUUUGCCAUUCAUAUCAAGAAUCUUGGAUUUAAGGAAACCAGUGGUCUUGAGUGGAGAACAUUUCUUGCUUGCUAGCUUGCUGGGGAAGGAAUUUUCUGUGGCUUUUCUUGCAUUGAAUGUGAAGUUAAAGUACAACUGAUGAACACAUAAAAUCAGGAAGAAAGAUUUUAAGGAUUAGCUAUGAAGUUUAUGAAACUUGGAUCCCGGCCGGACACCUUCUACACUUCUGAAGCUGUCAGGUCUGUCUCCUCUGAAGUCUCUAGUGAUCUCAUAAUUCAAGUGAAAGGAAGUAGAUAUUUGCUUCACAAGUUUCCUCUGCUUUCCAAGUGCUUGCGUCUACAGAGAAUAUGCUCUGAAACCCCAGAAUCUUCACAGCAUCAAAUAAUCCAACUACCAGAUUUUCCAGGUGGGGUUGAGGCAUUUGAGCUCUGUGCAAAGUUCUGUUAUGGUAUUACAAUCACUCUCAGUGCUUACAACAUUGUCGCCGCGAGAUGUGCUGCUGAAUAUUUGCAGAUGACAGAGGAUGUAGAGAAGGGGAACCUAAUAUACAAGCUUGAAGUUUUCUUUAAUUCUUGCAUACUAAAUGGGUGGAAGGAUUCGAUUGUUACUCUACAGAGCACUAAAGCAUUUCCUUUAUGGUCAGAAGAUCUUGGAAUUACAAGCAGAUGCAUAGAAGCUAUUGCCUCAAAGGUCUUGACUCAUCCCUCAAAGAUAAGUUUGUCACACAGUCACUCUAGAAGAGUAAGGGACGAUGUAUCUUGUAAUGGAACUGAGAGUCAGAGGCAUAAACCGGCGAACAAAGGGUGGUGGGCUGAAGACAUGGCGGAAUUAGGCAUAGACCUAUACUGGAGAACCAUGGUAGCCAUUAAAUCUGGUGGAAAGAUAGCCUCUAAUCUCGUCGGAAAUGCAUUGAAAAUUUAUGCAGCGAGAUGGCUGCCUAACAUAUCAAGACCAAGGAAUGAUAACAAUGAAGAAGCAUCAGACUCGGAUUCAGACUCGGGGAAUGAGAUGAAUUCAAAACAUAGGCUGCUUUUGGAAUCAAUAGUAAGUUUGCUCCCAGCAGAUAAAGGUGCUGUAUCUUGCAGUUUCCUGCUGAAACUGUUGAAAGCAGCCAAUAUCCUUAACGCUUCCGCUUCUUCAAAAAUGGAAUUGACUAGAAGAGUGGGACUUCAGUUAGAGGAAGCAACAGUAAAUGAUUUGUUAAUACCCUCUUUCUCGUAUGCAAGUGAAACUUUGUAUGAUGUAGACCUGGUAAUGACAAUACUGGAGCAAUUCAUGUUACAAGGGCAAAGUCCACCGACUAGUCCUCCGAGAUCUAAGUUAGGAUUCGAAAGGAGAAGGUCUCGCUCAGCAGAGAAUAUUGAUUUGGAGUUUCAAGAGAGCAGGAGGUCUUCUUCUGCUUCACAUAGCUCAAAAUUGAAAGUAGCAAAGGUUGUAGAUGGUUAUCUUCAAGAGAUUGCCAGAGAUGUAAAUUUGCCUCUUUCAAAGUUCAUUGCACUUGCUGAGUCCAUUCCGGAUUUCGCAAGGCUUGAUCAUGAUGAUCUCUACAGAGCUAUUGACAUUUAUCUCAAGGCACAUUCAGACCUAAACAAAACCGAAAGAAAACGGUUAUGUCGAACACUAGACUGCAAGAAAUUAUCUGUUGAAGCCUGCAUGCAUGCUGCACAGAAUGAGCUACUCCCAUUGAGGGUGGUAGUGCAAGUUCUCUUCUUUGAGCAAGCUAGAGCAGCCAUGGCUGGAGACAAAGUCACUGAGCUGCCUAGCAACAUCAAGGCACUUCUAGCUUCACAUAAUAUUGACCCAUCAAGGCCAACAGCAGCAUUAAGCACCACUACAAGCUUUCCUGCAGAGGAUCAGUGGAGUGUCUCAGGCCUUAAAUCACCCAAGUCGAAGAUUUCUAGUUUAAGGAUGAAAUUAGCUGAAGAUGAUGAUUUGGAUUUAAAUGAUCUGCAAUCAAAUGGGCUUGGGAGAGCUUCCAAGUUUAAGGCUAUUCGUGGUCUUCCUACACGACCAAAAGGGAUGUUCAGUAAGUUACUGUCCAUCAAUAGAAGUGCCAGUGAAAAGAACUGAAUGAGAAUUUUGAUUAUUUCCAGGCAACAGUUGGUAAUUUCAAGUGCAACUUAUACGCUGGUUUUUUUCUUGUCCUCUGUAAUCCUAGAUGAAAAGAAAGAAUCUUAAUAUGCAUUAUUGAUGUAAUCUAAUAAAAUAAGAAUCAAGAUUUUCAGGACAUGAGAGCAAAAUCUCUUGGUGGAUCUCAAUUUCAGAACUAGAACAGAAAUCUUGAAUGUAGAUCUGUAAUAGUGGGGUCAAUAUUCUUGUAUUUAUCUACAAAUCUGCCUUUGUCUCUUCUUGCA